UGCCAGGCUUGCAGCGGCGGGCUGCUUGCUGGCUCUCACGGCUCCCAGCCCUCAAUCAAACAGGAUUCCAACCGCGGUGCUGCCGGGUGUGCCUCUACUACCUUCCCCUUACACACGCUGCUCCAGCUCCAGCGUGCCAGUCGACCUCGCAGACGAACGUGUAUAUUACUGCCCCUGCCGCGCACUCGAUGCGACUCAGGCUCCCCUCCGUACACUCAUCCGCCUUCGACAUCCUGCUGCGUGAAUGGCACGCUCACAUGUCCUCGUCGCCAUCGGCGCCGCCUUCUUCGCCUCCCUGAUCAUAUCCCAGCUCGUAAUUAACCUCGGAUUCCCCCAGGUCGACUUCUGGCACUGGCGACUGGACCAGGACUACCAUGGCAUGCACCAGACACACUUGUUCAGAGAGAAGGACGCCCAGGCUGGCAAGGCCGUGGGGGAUGCCUCGCAGUACCUGAUCGGCGUGGGGAAGGCGGAUAUCACAGGUCCCGUCGUUGAACUCAACUUGAUGGGAUACGCAAAUUCGUCCCAAGUUGGCACCGGCUUGAGGCAGCGCUUGUACUCGCGCGCCUUCAUCGUCGGCAGUCCGAGCGAUCCGACCCAGCGAUUCAUAUACAUGGUGCUGGACACCCAGUCUGGCGAUACGGCUAUUCGCAAUGGCAUCCUCGAGGGACUCAAGGGCUUGGGCCCGGCGUACUCAAUGUACGCACAGAAGAAUGUGGCUGUAACAGGCACACACAGCCAUUCCGGUCCCGGCGCUUGGCUGAACUAUCUCCUACCGCAAAUUACCAGCUUGGGCUUUGACAAGCAGAGCUACCACGCCAUUGUGGACGGGGCGGUGCUUUCCAUCAAGAGGGCGCAUGAGAGCUUGGCACUGGGAACAAUUAGUUCGGGGAGCACUAAGGUCACGGACGCGAGCAUCAAUCGCAGUCUGUUUGCCUAUCUUGCGAAUCCAAAAGAGGAAAGAGAUAGAUAUACCGAUAAUGUAGACAAGACUAUGACGUUGCUGAAGUUUACAAGAGCCAGUGACGGGAAGGAUAUUGGUAUUCUGAAUUGGUUCGCCGUGCAUGGAACUUCUCUUCUUGGAAAUCAGACAGUGGUCGCCGCAGACAACAAGGGCGUGGCCGCAUAUCUGUUCGAGCAAGAAAUGGCUUCGAGCGUGAACGCGGCCCCAGGCUUCGUAGCGGGCUUCUCGCAGGCCAAUGUUGGGGAUACAACUCCAAAUGUGCUCGGCGCCUGGUGUGAGGACGGCUCAAACGCAGAGUGCAGGCUCAACGACAGCACUUGCGGCGGCAAGAGCCAAGACUGCCACGGACGAGGCCCAUUCUUCGGAUUAAACGACGGUGGCGUGAAAUCCUGCUACGAAAUUGGCAAACGGCAGCACGCCGGAGCCCUUUCCAUCUACGCAUCUAAUAGCUUCACUCCCAUAACUGGCAAUGUCCGCUCCUUCCAUACUUUCGUGGACUUCUCCAACUUCACCUUCACCCUCAAGAAUGGCACGACUGUAUCCACAUGCCCUGCUGCACUGGGUAACUCCUUCGCGGCCGGAACCUCGGACGGGCCGGGCGCCUUCGAUUUCGUGCAAAACGACCCUGGAGCCCCCAGCAACCCCUUCUGGAACGUCGUCGGAGGACUCAUUGCCGAGCCCUCCCCAAAGCAAAUCAAAUGCCAAUAUCCAAAACCAGUCCUCCUGAACGUAGGCGAAGCCCAUACACCAUACGACUGGUCCCCCAACAUUGUCGACAUCCAAGUCCUGCGCGUGGGGCAGUUUAUCAUCAUUGUUUCCCCCGGCGAAGCCACCACCAUGUCCGGCAGACGGUGGCGAGAAGCCGUGUACAACCAAGCCAUCUCGACAAAUCUUGUGAGCGCAAGUACACCGCCGAUUGUCGUGUUAGGUGGUCCAGCAAAUAGCUACACCCACUACAUCGCAACCGAAGAAGAAUACAGCAUCCAGCGCUACGAAGGCGCAUCCACACUCUACGGCCCCAACACCUUGAAUGCAUACAUUAACUCCACCCUCUCCCUCCUCUCCUACCUACGCGAUGACGCCACAAGCUCCUCACCCGCGGGUCCCUCGCCGCCCGACAACCGCGACCGCAGCAUCAGCCUAAUCACCAGCGUCGUAUACGAUGGUGCACCUCUCGGUAAGAAAUUCGGCGACGUCACAAAGGACGCUUCCGGCUCCUAUGCCCGGGGUGUCAAAGUCAGCGCCACAUUCGUUGGCGCGAAUCCGCGGAAUAACCUACAUCUCGAAGAUACAUUUACAGCUGUAGAACAGCAGCAAGCAGAUGGGUCCUGGAAGAGGGUUAUGGAUGAUAGGGACUGGGAGUUGUUGUUUGAGUGGAAGAGGACGAAUGGGUUGACGGGAUACUCGGAUGUUGUUAUUACGUGGGAUACGGGGGUUAAGAGCCCCAGUGCGGGGACUUAUAGGUUGAGGUAUUUUGGGGAUUCGAAGACUAUUGGGGGGACGAUAACGGCGUUUAGUGGAACGAGUGGGGCGUUUAGAUUGACGUGAGGGAAGGAGGAGGUUCGAUAUAGCGCGCGAGUAUUGAAUAUGUAAAGCAUGGGGUUUUCAGUCAAGGAAAGUGUAUUGUAGUGCACCUAGAGUAAGUUUGUCUAUAUUCAAGUAGUAGGCCGUGGCCUCCUAGAGUGCCUGAUUAGGUUCCUGGAUGUGAUCGUACCGUCUGCGUCUUCAAUCCUACCAAAAGAUCACGUGUCCUAUAU